GCUCUGGAAUAGACAGAGAGAUAGAAGAGGCGCGAGCGAGAUAGAGGAGGGGGUUUUGGAUCGAAGAGGAGAAUGGGAUCGGGUGCUUUCCUCAAGGUGGUGUUCAAAAACUUCGAUGUUCUUGCCGGGCCAGUCGUAACUCUUGUAUAUCCACUGUAUGCAUCAGUCAAAGCAAUAGAAACCAAAUCUCCUGUUGAUGACCAACAAUGGCUCACUUAUUGGGUGUUGUACUCAUUUAUCACACUGUUUGAGCUUACUUUUGCAAAAGUACUAGAAUGGAUUCCCUUUUGGUCAUACGCAAAAUUGAUGUUGAGCUGCUGGUUGGUCUUGCCCUACUUCAAUGGUGCCGCUUAUGUUUAUCAACAUUUUGUGAGGCCAUUAUUUGUGAACCAUCAGACAGUAAACGUGUGGUAUGUCCCCGGAAAGAAGGACACUUUCGACAAACCAGAUGAUUUAUUAUCAGCAGCUGAGAGAUACAUCGAAGAGAAUGGACCAGAAGCAUUUGAGAAGCUAAUAAGCAAGUCUGAAAGAGCAUCUAAAUCUAGGAGCAAGCGUACCAUUUUGGAGGAGGCGCAAACCGUGGGAGUGUCUCAUGCUGAAAGAGAAUCUAAAUCCUGGAGCGAAAACUACCCGAUCUUUGAUCAAGAUUAUAGAUACUGAAUCCUGAAACGUGUUUAUUGUCGCUAGUAGGUGCGCCGACCACGUCUUCUCGUGCUUACCAUCUUUUCUUGUUUCCCAUAAGUUCAGCAAAAGUAUACGACCAUCUACUUUUUUCAGUUUGUUCACGUGUUCUUGCAAUGAGUAGUAGGCUGGUGGAUUAAACUGAGACGGGCCUUACGUUGUCUGGCUUUGUGCGAGUAAUCUACUCUUGUUGCAUUUUCUGUUUAUUUUCUGGUGGAGAGAGAUAACGCCAUUGUUUUCA